GACUGAAGCCGGAGCAGAGGAUCUUCAUGAUUGGCUGGCUCCUCCAGAACACACCUGAGGUGGUGCAGUGGCUGACCAACAGAGGCGAAUGGUUUUCGGCUAUGACCAUGCUCAACUUCAAGGCAGAGUGCCAAGUGCAGCGCGAUGCUCGCAAAGCAGCAAGCGCGGGCACGAAGGGCCAGCUUUCGGGAAAAGGACGAAAGCAUUGGUCGAACGCUAUUUUUCAUAGCAGCUGGUACUCUCCCUAUCCUUUUGAGCUUUCUCUCAAUGUGGUGGAGGCUGUAGCAUUUGUGUGGGACGAGUAUGCCGAAAAGGUUGGUGCCGAUACCGAGAAAGUCGGCGAUUACACCGCUGCAACUUUUCAAGGCAAACCAGCCGUGGCAGCUCCCCGUGAUGAUGUUUCAAUGGAGGCGGCUGCUGACCACACCUCACAGCCCAAGAGCCCAGCUCCUGCCUUGUCCUCUUUCGGCCCCAAGGGCGGAGGCAAAGCCUCGAAGGGAUCCUGA